AUGAAUAAAGAACAAGAAUGCAGUAAAAAUAUAUUUGAUCUUCCUAGAGAAAUAGUGAUCUACCAUUUGAAAAGUGCGGGAAUUUUUGUUUUCGAGGAGUUAGAUUGCGAUGACAUUGCGCAAACACCGCUCCUAAUAAUGGCUCCUUCUGUUCCCCUCCACGUAAGACUUGAAAGGACUCCGACGAUCAAUUUGUUGAAAUGUCACGAAAAACCACUAACUGAGGAUCAAUUGUUCCUUCUUCUUUCCAAAUGCCAACAACACACAAAGAAAUGCAUGCCAUCAGAAGAAGAGAUCGACCAGUGGGUAGAAGUGUCUUCGUCAAAACCACGCGAACAGUCCUCAAAUCGGGGAUCGAAAAAGGAUUCGUGGAAUCACAGUAUUUUUAUGUAUAAUUUCUUCCACCGAAGAGGGAGCAACAAGAGAGCGGCCAAAUAUCUCGAAAAAAUCGAAAACGGGAAGAGCGAGAAAAUUCGAGCUCGUGUCUCACAGAUUCGUAACCUUGAUCUCGGAUACAUCUCACUCCCUAUGGAAACAAUUAAUCUGGAAGAUGCGAAGCAAAGAGACAAGCUCAAGGAAAAGGCUCUAGCCGAGACUGCUGAAUCGAAGAAAGGAAAAGACAUUUUAAACUUGUUCACCAACGUCUAUUAUUAGAUAUCGAAUGGAAACAAACGGCUGAAAUUAAUAAUUCAAAAUAAUAACUCUCAACUCAUUUUUUGUAAUUUAAGCCUUAAAUUUGCAUGGUUUUUAUUGUACCAUUGCCUUACCUAUUCGGUGAUAUCGACACUAUUAUUGUUACUAAAGUGAAUUAAAAAAUUAUA